UCUGCAAAUCAACUGUACAGUAAGAUCAGCACUUCGUUCCUUCAAUUUCUAGAUUAUAACACAGUUGCUCCUUCAUCUGCGAGUCUUCUCAUAUUGCCGGUACUGGACCUUGACUCUCGAAACUCCAUGUCCUGACCGGACUCAUUUCGUGCCUUUCCACAUGGCAGCGACUCCCUAUCGGGAUCACGUUCAAAGGCCUUCUUCUGUCGCGCCACCCGUUUCCGGUGAAGACAACUCACCUUUCAUCAAUCCGCGUCGCAAAUACAGACGUCGAGGUACUGGUUCCGUUUCCGAAAGCAAGAGCGGCGGCUCAGAUGAUGAGGCAGGAUCAUCCAUGUCGGAAUCCGAAGAACACGAACUGGGAGCUCUAGACUCCGAUCUCGAACUGGACGAUGAUGAAGAGAGUGGCUUAAAUAAACACGAAAGGAGGAAGUAUUUGGGCAAAAAGAGGAGGCGUGAUGGUUUAGAUUCCCGUAUCGCAGGCACAGCAGGCAUGGCAACUAGCUCCAAGGAUGAAAUCAACGAUGCAGACAAGACGGUUGUACGCCGGCUACUGGCCAACGGGGGACUCAUUCUCAUGUGGUAUUUCUUUUCUCUGGCCAUAUCUAUCUACAACAAGAUGAUGUUCUCCGCCGAUCACAUCGACUUCCACUUCCCACUAUUCGCAACCUCUCUACACAUGUUGGUUCAAUUUUGUCUAGCAUCGACUAUCCUCCUCAUAUUUCCUUCCUUGCGGCCAUCUUUGCCGCGCCUGACAACCACACGAGACGACUCUCAACCCCAGAAGCCACUGGUCACGCCUCUGUUUUAUUUUACCCGCCUUAUUCCUACUGGGACGACCACCUCUCUUGACAUUGGUCUAGGCAAUACCUCCCUGCGAUACAUCACCCUUACCUUUUACACCAUGUGUAAAUCGUCGGUGUUGAUUUUCGUCCUCAUGUUUGCCUUUCUCUUUCGACUGGAGAAACCAUCAGUCAAACUGAUCUUGAUUAUUCUCACCAUGACGCUUGGUGUUCUCAUGAUGGUCGCGGGGGAGACAGCCUUCCACGCUCUUGGAUUUGCUCUGGCAAUAUCAGCGUCUUUUUUCUCUGGCUUCAGAUGGGCAUUGACUCAGAUCCUGCUCCUACGACACCCGGCGACUUCGAACCCUUUUGCAACCCUCUUCUUCUUGGCCCCUAUAAUGUUCGUUUCGUUGACGAUCAUCGCCUGCAUCUCCGAGACUCCUGCAGCGGUUAUCACAGGCAUCGAAAUGCUUAUUAGCUCCCAAGGCGUACUCAAAGCUAUGCUUCUUCUCUUCGUCCCUGGUUGCCUGGCCUUCUGCAUGAUUGCGAGUGAAUUUACAUUGCUCCAGCGAACGAGCGUCGUCACACUCAGUAUUUGUGGUAUCUUCAAGGAAGUGGUCACUAUUAGUGCUGCUGGAAUAGUGUUCCAUGAUGAACUGUCAGUUGUGAACAUUAGUGGUCUGGUUGUUACUAUAUGCAGUAUUGCAUGCUACAAUUAUCUGAAGGUCAAAAAGAUGCGGGACGAGGAACGUGAAAAACUGCGGAAAAGGGAUGAGGAUCGGGAAGAAGAAUCACCUUUUGACGACGAAGAUAGACCGAAUGAGCGUAGCGGAAACAACGAAGCGACAAAUUCGGAUUCGGUGCCGCUCAUGCAAGACCAAGAGAGGAGACAGGCAUGAUCCAUGCCUUUCAACGUUGGAUUGGAUCAUAUGUUUAGCGAUUAGCGUUAGAUGGUGCAUAUGGUGUAUCCUUGCUUGAGCAGAGAUUCAGCGCCCAUAGAUGUACAGAAUAAAUGUUUAUAUCAUGACACGUC